AUGGCCUACAACCUCUCCUCAAGGUUCUCAGACUCCACCAUCGCCUCUGCCUCGUCGAGUCUCAGCAAGGUCUCUACAGCCAGCAGUGCCUCCUCUGUCGAGCAAGACCUUCUCUUCUCUUCCAUCGACUCCAUCCCGAAACCCCCACCUCGUACCUCAUCUAUCACUCUCGCCAGCACCAAAGCCUACACCACCACCACCACUUCCGCACCCGCUUCAAUCCGUCGCGAACGAAGAAAACCUGCCCCACUCAAACUCACCACCUCCGGUAGCAGCGACUCGGACUCAUACCACAGCUGUCAGGCACAGCCCCUCCGCCCAUGCUUUUGCGGCUCAUCAGUCCGUUCCUCAACCUCAGCUCGCAGUAUCGAAAUCUACUGCUCAACCGAAUGUGCUCACCAGGACGCACUGUACGCACUUGAAGGUCGCUCACCCACUUCCUUCCCUCCUUCCACACCCUACUCCGAGGAUGAGGAUGACGAGGAGAAUUUCCCAGUAACCCCCACGAAUGCUUUUGUUCCAAGCCCACCUCGCACACCAGCUGCGAAGGUGAGGACGCUGGGGUGUCGUCAUCCAUCAAUGACAAGAAAGUUGACCGGGUUGGGCGCAAGUCAUUAUCGAAGGAUGGAAGCUAUGGGGCUGUAUGAUGCUGAUACUACCCCGACAAGACCAUCGCCGAAGUCAAGCGGUGAACUUAUGGAGCCGAUCGAUCUGAUGGUUGCUCAUUCUUCGCCAACGAGUAGGUCGAGGCAAUUGGUGGCGGAGGACGGAAAGGAGGAGUUGGAGUUCAACCCGAGGAAGACUCUUUUCUUCCCCGUGCCGAUUUUUACGGGGUCCCCUUUGCAGUCCUAG